AUUGUAGACACAGGUAUAAAGGUUCCUAAUGACCGGAGGAUCGUCUGUACGUCAUUCUCGUGGAAUUCACCUCUCCUAAAAUCGCCGUGGGGAGUCAAAAACGAGGGUACGGUAAAAGCAAGAGUAGAGAAUCGUGUACCGUACGAUUUUAGCUGAGGGUAGGCGGGCUUUUUUUUUUUUCUUCCACCAGACCCCCUCGGUAACUAUCCGUUCAAAUUGAAAUUCCCACCGUUUCUUUUUUAUUUCUUCAUCCCCGGGAGCCAUCCGGUGUGGUCCUGAUAACGAGGGAGAGCGCCAGAGGGAGAACGAAUAAUUGGGGGUAAUUGGGAUUUUCUUGGUUCAGGGCUAUUAACAUUCCCGGGGGAAUGCAUUCGCGGUGGACAGGACAAUUCGAGGGGCAGAACGGAGAUGUGCAUUCGUAGGUGUGGGGGUAUUAGUAUAUAGGCAUAAUCACUUGUGAAUCUGACGGGAGAAGUCGAGGGGAAAUGAGACGAAACCGGUCUCAACGUCGCACAAUCAGGGCUAUUCGCGAAUUUAAUGUUUCAUUGCGAAUUUCAAAUUUUAUUCCACUUUUAUUUUCAUAGUUUACCUACUUUUACAUCAAACUUUGUGGGUAAAAUACAAAUUUUAUUCGUUUUGUUCAUGUUUUAUGGUCGAUGGCUCUUAAUAAACUUUAUCCUUCGCAAUUACCGUGUGCGAAAUAUUCAAAAAUGUUAUGUUCGCGCGGCCAUCUUGCGUAACGCGCAUUCAAGUCAUUCACGUGGACAACGACUUAAUGCAACGGAAUCAGCAAUUAGUUUCGCAAAGUAUAAACAAUAUUACGUAAACCAUGUUUGUCGAAUAAUCGGGUGUAUCUGGGAGGUGGUGGGUAACGCGGAUGGCGCGGGUGUGAUCUUGUAGAUUCUGGAAUGGUCGGUGAGGUACCGUCUAGGCGCCACGAUCUCCAGCCAGUCACCUUCCAGCACCCCAACAGAAAUUAUAGGGAAGUGCGGACGCUUAUGGAGCGGUUCCAACGGUUAAAUUUCCAGGCGGUGGCGCAUGAACGAUGAUGAUGAAUGUACCUGUCGGUAAGGCAGGCAUGGCAUUACCACGGAGAAGGUGGCACUCAAUUUGUGAGGAGAUUUGCGAAUUUUCUGUCUCCAGGAAUAUUUUAAAAUCCAUUUUUCGCGUUGUUCUGGGCUUCUCGGCCACCUGGAGAAUAAAGGGCUGAAAGGGCUCGAAGACAUUGUGAUUACUCUCCACUUCAAUUUAUUAUCAACAGUGGUGCAUUCCUGGUGGUGCCUCAUGCCUGCCACAGGACAUCAUGAGAAAAAUUAAAAUUAUGAUUGUUAAUGAGCCAGUGGGAUACAAAAAAAAACUAAUUAAUUUUCCCAUUUACCACCCCCGCUGGCUAAAUACAUUGUGACUUCUAGUUAAUACACAUUUUUAGGAAAAACCUCAACUUGUUGGUUAUGUUCUUCAUAUAUAUGUCGAAUUAUAAAUGUUUAUAACUUCCAUUAAUUGAUUUUUUUUAUCAAAAUGAGGAGUAUCGAGCUGGCUAUAUUCACAAGUUAAAAUUACUAUUAAUCUAUGAAAUGAGGGGAAAAUGAUUUUAACCAACUUCAGUAUUAUUUACUUAACAGAAUUUAUUUUGUUUUUUUUUUAUAAAGUACGGAAAUUGGAAUUGUCCACAAUUUCUUCCUCCAGUUCUUCUUCAUGAAGUUACUGAAUUUCUUAGGGCAUUAGCUCCUCAAUUUAAAUUAUAUAAUCCAAUCAAAUUUGUUGGAGUUGAAAAUCAUAGCUAAUUAUUCUUUGCUGUCUUCAAAGCUUGUUUACUUUGUCCUUCGAUCACAUGAAUUCUAGUGGUUUUAUUUUACUCCUCUGGGUAUUCCCCUUGAGCUUAUCGUUUGAUGUGCAGACAGAGUUGAGUAAAUAUUGCAGAGAUAAAGAGAGAUUAAUAACUUCUGAUGAGCUUGAUGAAUAUCUUCUGGUUGACGCCGAACUGGAAUCAACUCUUGGACUCGAAUGUCAUUUUUGCAAUGAAGCCAGUGACAGUCAGCCCAGAGUAUGGUACUUCCAAGAUCGCCUCGAAGGGGAAGAGGAGAAGGAAGUCGACCUGGGAAUGGCCAACAACAUGUCCUCCAAUAAGAUCCACUUGACCCCGGAAUUAAAUCUUAUCAUCAAGGACUUCAAUCUCAACGACGCUGGGAUUUACAGGUGUCAUGGAGGGUUGGGUCAGGACGUGGAGAAUAAAUUCAAUUAUAGGGUAGAACCCAUUUCUAAGGACGUACUCGAUAUUGGAACUGCCAAGGGAAACAUCUCCGAUUGGGAGAAGUACAGGGAGGUCAAUCUGAGGCCUGUGACACUUCGUCUAGCUGUAUCUAAAAUGAAACCCUUGGCGGAGAUUCGUGCUGCUGGUGUUUCCCUCGAAAUAGUCUCUGAAUGGAGUGUUUGGAGUCCUUGUCAGAAGUGUAAAGGAAAGAAAGGGAUAAAAACUAGCAAAGGGCAGUGUAGAAUCAAGAGGUCAUUAGAAAACCGAACAAUGGUGACCGAAGAUGCAGAUCACAUAGUAAAAUUCUUCUCCAAAUCUCCUCUCCUUCCCUGUAAAUCCCUGAUCCUGGAAGCUGAAUUCCCAGCCAUCAGCAGUGCCACCAAGCAUCUCCCAGAAUUCAUCCUGGAAGAGAAAUGCAAGAAGUGCCCGAGAGAGAAGAAAGCGAAGAAGAACAAAUUUAAGUACAAGAAGAGGUACACUCUAGCUGAUGGUGCUCAUCUGGCUUUGGUGUGUCCUGAGAGUACUCUAGAGUCACAAAUUGUCUGGAGAAAGGACUCGAUAGUCUUGAAGAAGGGAACCGGCAGAUCCUUUAGGAAGAAAGACAAAGAGGCCAGGGUGAUGGUCGAUACUUUCUCAACCCUCUAUUUGAUUGGAGUAUCGAGUCACGAGGAGGGGAAUUACACGUGUUAUGUAGAUGAUGUUAGAAUGAUGCAAGUCAAAAUCAGAGUCGUUUCCAAAAGUCGAUUGUUAACGCAAGCAUUUUUUCGUCACAUGGGUUACCUCGGCUUCAUCUUCCUGCUCACAUCGUUCUGUUACUGCGGUGGGCUGAUCAUAGCUUGCAGAAAGAAGAACAGAUUCACAACGAAGGUGUCCAUCGACGAAGCCGAAGACUAAUGCAAAAAAAAAAAA